AUGGCCAAAACCACAAGGAUGCUCAUGAGAAGAUCAAUCUCCACCUUCCUCCAAGAUUUCCACCACUUCACCUCCACACCGGCCCUCUUCGCCCUCCCCUUCGCCCUCUCCACCCUCCUCUCCCCACCCCUUGUCUCCUCCUCCCGUUUUUUCCCCCCACUCCACGCUCGUCUACAAGCCCUCCUCUUCGCCUCCGGCGUCCGCCCUUCCUCCCGACUAUUCUCCUUCCUCACCCUAAACCUCUCCCGAGCCCUCCUCUCCUUCGUCUUCCUCCUCCCCUUCUCUCUCUCCUCUCUCCUCCUCUCCAAAGCCUUCGUCAUCCGUGCCCUUUUCCCUCGACAUGGCACCUCAUCAUCAUCAUCCGAACACGACACCACCCAAAAAAAACCCGUCUUUUUUUCUUGGAUCACGACACUCAACCGGCUCGUCGCCACCCAGUUCUGCAACGUGCUCGUCGUUUUCUCAGCCAACGCCACGUGCCUCUCCUUGCUCGUCGCGUGCUUCAACGCUCUCGAUCUCUCGGGACUUUCUUAUUCCGAAAACGCCCUCGCCGGGGUCACAAUGUCCGCAGCCGUGGUCUACUCGGUCGUGGCGGCCAACGCUUACGUGGCGUGCCACCUGGCGCUGGUCGUCUCGUGCGUGUCGGGUCGGGCCGGGUUCGGGCCGAUUCUCGAGGCGUGCUUUCUCGUGAGUGGGAGGAGACGAGCAGCAUUGGCUCUCGCCGUGUCGGCGAACGCGGCUUUGGCGGGAGUCGAGGCGAUUUUUCGGUGCCGAGUCGUGAGGGGUUAUUAUUAUUACGGUCGGGUGAUGAGCUGGCCGGUGGUUUUGGAGGCGGUGCUGAUCGGCUACAUGUAUUCCGUGGUUCUUGUGGUGGACGCCAUUGCUGGUUGUGUGUUAUUGGAGGGAUGCGGGAGAGGUUACGAGACCAUCGGUCGGGAAAGAGAUCGAAGAAGGUCGAUUUUCGGGAAAGGCGAGUCGAUAGAGAUGGUGUUGUGA